CAAUGAGGUUCAUGAACAAGAAAAAAAGCUUAACAUAAAAAAUUAUCAUUGUUUCUUUCGGCCAAAGCGGCUCCGGCUUUUAUGUCAUUAAGGAGUAAUUGUGAUCAGCUUUGUGUCUCCCACUCUUAAGUCGGAUAUAUUAUUAGCGAAACUAUUGCACCGAUCUGGUGUCAGUUGGAAGGCGUAGCCGGCAGCUCGUCCUCUGUAUGAUCGUAACAUUUCGUCAGAAACUCGUUUCUGUUCGGGUACAGCUUCCGGAAUCUCUCGGCACUUGCCGGCCGGUUCACCGAGGCUCCGUUUUUGUUCGCUUUUCCGCGUCCCCUCCUCACCCUCCGCCUCUCCCCAGACUGGCUUUAUGUCUGGCGGUUCUGCGGCGUUAGCGCGCAUGCGCCGUCGCCAUGUUAGCGAGCCCUCCUCCCCCUUGUCUCGUCACAGAGAGAAACAGCUACAUUACGAGAAGGUGGCUACGGUGGGGAGACGGCGAGAGGGUGAUACAGCAAACAUUGGAUUUAAAAACAAAGACAUGACAGGAUGGAGUAAACAAGCGUUGUGAUCGACGAAAAGGGGAUUUUCCAAUAAGAAGAAUCUUACGUCGCUCACGGAUUGUUUAAUUUAGCUAACGUUGUUAGCUAUUUUCAAAUUAUGCGACUCAGCGGCUGGCAGUGAUGGAGAUGGUCUCUUGUUGCCCAAGAAGUGAUAGAUGUAUACUAAUAACUAGCUAUAUUUUUGUCUUGUGUAUAUGUACUUAAAUUGUCUUAUAAAGAUAAAAAAUAAAGAGAUGAACUGGAUUUAAGACACGCAAGUACAAGCGCGUCUGUAUAGAUCGCUAGCUGCAUAGUUAGCUAACCUAGCUAUCACAGUGAGAGCUCCCGAUUGGCUAGCGUUAUAUCACUGGGGGGAAAUUUUACACCGACGGAAAGUUAAACUAGUUACGGCAUAAAAUAAUAUCAGUGACGGAUGUUAUUUUUUUCGAUUAUUACUUACCGAAUAAAGUCUGCUCUCAGCUAAGGCUUUGUCGACUCAAUCCUACCUGCUAUCUUCUGAAAACGUGUCUAUUUAUUAGUCUGUGAACUAGCGUUACUCCUGGAAAUUCACGAAAUGCAUCAUCCGGAGUCAUCAGGAGAUUCCGCUAGCACUAGAAAGAUGGCGCACCCGGCAAUAUUUCCUCGCAGAGGUAGUAUUUCGGCAUUGACAACGGCGACGAGUACUGGCGUUAGCAAUAAUAUUAUUUCUGCUGAAGAUUAUCAAUCUCCCUUGUUGAUACAACCCCCACCUCCGGUCGGCUCUUCCUCCUCGGGGCCACAACAUCCUCCUCAGAGCCUUAACCUCCUUUCCCAGUCCCAGCUGCAGUCCCAGCCUCUCCCGUCGGUCGGUGCUCAGAUGAAGAAGAAAAGUGGCUUCCAGAUCACUAGCGUUACGCCGGCUCAGGUACCCGUAAGCACCAACAAUAGCACUGCAGAGGACACUGAGAGUUACGAUGAUCUGGACGAAUCGCACACAGAGGAUUUGUCUUCAUCUGAGAUCCUGGAUGUGUCCCUGUCCCGGGCCACUGAUAUGGGAGGUCCGUUGAGGAGCUCCUCUGAAGAGACUCUGAACAACUUUCAUGAGGCAGAGACCCCUGGUGCGGUCUCUCCCAACCAGCCCCACCUUUCCAGCAAGCCAUCGCACCACCUACCCCAGACUCAUCAGCAAGGCACUAUAGUGAAUGGGACUGUACACCAUCAACAUCACCACCACCACCAUGGGCAACACCAUCAAGUGCAUGUCGCUCAGCCUGCGGCCGCUCCCCCACCUGCGGCGGUCUCUAGUGGGCCGUCUUGGACACCAGAGGGGGGAGGUAUUUCUGCCUCUGCUACCUCCACCACCGGGGUUUUGUCAAGCAUUUCCCAGGUGAUACCUGCUACUGCCGGCACUGGCAGUGUCACGGCCCCACCGUUAGCCAACAUCAUUCCAGGAAUGCUCCCUGGUGCGGCAGGAGCCCCAAUAAGUGGCGUAAACACCUUGACAAGCAACGUCAGCAAUGUGAGUAGACUGAGUUCCGCAAGCACCCCGGUGCUGGGGAUGACCAGUACCAAAAGCAGCAGCACCGGUGUUGCCCCAGGACCCGUAAGUGGUGUAACCGGCAUCAUAGGAAGUGGAAGCAAGAAUAUAAACUUGGUGCAAAAACAAGCUGUCACUACAACCGGCAGCGUCGCCAUGAUUACUGCCACCCUGACCGGUGGCUCCAGCGCAGCGGGGACCGGCACGCCCGGUAUGGGCCAGCCAACCCCGUCUGCCCCACACAGCCAGGCUCAGCAGCCGGCCCAGGUUCCCGCCGGUUCCCGCUUUCGGGUAGUGAAGCUGGAUUCCAGUUCUGAGUCGUUCCGGAAGGGACGUUGGACAUGUACCGAUUAUUACGACAAAGAGGCGCCCCCUGCCACUGUCACUGCGGCUUCUGCCACGGACACCAUGCCUACCCACCGGUCGGUGGAGAGCAGCGUGGCUGCAGAGCGGGAGGCCGUGGUCAGUGAAGAGGCAUCGGGACCUGCUGCCAUGCAGGCUUUUCAACAAGCCCAACACCAACCUUCUGCCCCUCCGCUGCAAGACUACGGCACCCAUCCAGGGCUGCAGCCCUCCCAUCCUAGCCUUGCUCAGAGUGUGCCCCAGCCUCAAGGACACCCCCAGGACAUGGUGCACCCUCUCCUAAAGACCAGUGCGCCUCCCCCUGUGCCUGCCGGCAUGGCUUCCAUCCGGCCGCCGGCUAUGGUGACUCCUGGAAGUCUUCCCCAGCCAGUGGUGCAUUCCACCCCAGCUGUGCCCCCUCAGGGUUUGCCGGGGGUGGCCCAACAGAUGGGUUACCCUCCCACACAGCCCGCGCCCACCCAAGCCGUUCACGCUUUGCCGACGAGCCAAGCAGGUGGCCUGCCACCCGAGUUCUCCCAACACCAGCCGAUCCUCCAGGCCCCGCUGGUGACACAGCCUUUGCCACCUAUGCCCGCCAGCCUGCCCCCAGUGGCGGCAGCUGCGCCAUCUGGGGCUUCCCCAGCGAUGGCUGCGGGUCAGCAGCCUGUGGUGAGUCUGUCUGCAUCUGUCUCUCAGCCUCUUCACCCGGGCCUCCUGCCACAGCAGACCUCGUCAGUCCCGGUCCCUCAGGCGUCCCAGGGUGCCAUCACCACUCAGAUGCUCCCGGGUGCAGCGCAGGUGGCUGCCCAACAACUGAUCCACACCCAACCACUCCCACCCGAGCCUCAGCAACCGGCCUCGAGUCAGGUCGCGCCGACGGUGCCUCCCAGCGUCCCGGCUGACUCCCAGCCCAGCCUUCCCCAGAGCUCUCUGGCCAUGCCGAGCGGGACCCGAUCAAGCCUCGCGCAGGGCCAGGGCUCGCAGCCGCCUGCCGGGGCCCAAUACAUCAGCCCACCCUCUGUGACCGCCACGCAGUUGGAGGAUGCCCAGCGCCUUCUCUUUCAGCACCAUUCCCUGCUUUCUCUCCCCAAGAUGGCCGCUGGAGACGCUUCUUCAGAGGCUGGUGCCUCUCUGGGGGCAGAGGGGAGCAGUGGUGCAAAUGCCUUAACUGCCUCAGCGGGCCUGUUUCCUCUGAAGAGCCUGCCUGUGGAUGGAGAGGAUGAUGGCUCCUCCGGCGCUAGUGUGGUGGCCAUCGACAACAAAAUAGAGCAAGCGAUGGACCUAGUGAAGAGUCACUUGAUGUAUGCCGUUCGGGAGGAAGUGGAGGUUUUAAAGGAGCAGAUAAAAGAACUGAUCGAAAGGAACUCGCAGCUGGAGCAGGAGAACAACCUGCUGAAGAACCUGGCCAGUCCCGAGCAGCUCGCACAGUUCCAGGCGCAGGUGCAGAGCAGCUCGUCCCCGCCCUCUGCGCAGCAACCGGGGGCAGCCACACAGCAGGCCGCGCCGUCGGCUCAGCCAGCCUCACAGAGCUCCGGAGGGUCGGCGUAGCACAGCAGCCCCCCCCCCCCCUCCAGGGAGACGGGCACGGAGACUGUAAAUGCACUGGCCCAGAAUGUCAGAACGAACGAACAUGCUGCAAUCAUGGGAGGACCCAUUUCCGAUAUUUGCACAUAUUUAACGUCACAAGUGUUAAUAUCUCGUGAGACGCUUUACACACUUUAGACAAUCGUCUUCAAUAAAGGGAUUGCUGGCAGGUGAUGGACAUUACCAAACUCACUGGACUGCUGAGCUCAUCAUGUGUAAUUUUACGUGGAAUCAGCUUACAGAAUCAUUGUGCCUGCAUCUUAGGAUUUCAGUUGAUGUCCAUUUCAGUGGUGGCUCUGGAAUCGUACGAGUGUUGCCAUGCUUCACUUAAUUUUCUAGUGUAAAUAUAUACGUCUUUUCCAGGCUGUGAGCGAAAUGAGAGCAAGCACCUUCUUGCAGACAAAUGUGAAGCAUUUUCGAUGACUAUCGACAAAAGAUUAAUCCUCCUAUUUGAUAUUAGGAAGACAGGAUAUUUGUGGGAUCAAUGUUUGCAUUUAUUGUAAUCUUUAUGUGUAGACCAAGUGGAUCAACCUGCGCAAAGAAAUUAAUUUUCUGUAUCUGACUUAAAUUUCAAAUUCACACCUUUCUUAGUACGAUGCUGCUUCUUACCUAAGCCAUGAAAUCAGGUUCUUGAAUCCGAGGCUAAAGGAUUUGGGUGAAUUUUUGUGCAGGUUGUUAGGUUUAUGUAUAUUUAUGUAUUUAGUGUAAGUGCUCUGUAAAAUAGUAAUAAUCAGAAUGAAAGACACGUAAAUAUUUAGGUUGUACAAAAUGAAGUUACAAUGUAAAUGGGCUUACCUGAGCAAGUUUGGUUGGUCUCUAAUGCUGUAAAUCAGGUAUCUAGCUAUUUCCAGCAAUUUAGGACAUUUGACAGCGAACUGUAAUUUCUUGGUUGCUUUCAAAUACUACUGUAAACCAUUGUUCAUUUGAGAAAUUACAAACAUUUGCUUUUACUUUUGACAGUGAAGCACUCCACAUUUUUCACAAUUAAUCCACUCUUAGCAUAAAUCAGAUCUGACAUGGGUUUUGCAUAUAUGUGAAAGCUGUAUGCCUAUGUUUUGUGCAUGUUCCUCGAGGCAGAAAAAGUAACCAUAAUUCAAUUGCACUUGACAGUUGCACUCAACUUCAAAAUAAAAGAAAAAAACCAAAACUA